GAGAGAGCUUGAGAGGGUGAGACUGGAAGUGAGAGAGAAUGUGUGUGAAUUGAAGUUUGAGAGAGAUGGUUCUGUGCUGGAACUGGAUGCCAAGACAUUGAGGAACAGGGGAGAAAAGAAGGAAAGUGCCUUGAAGACAGGAAACCUAAAACAAGGCUAAUUUGGUGCAAGCUGGACUGAAGACUUGAAGGACACAAGGACUUAGAAAGCGAGAGAAGGAGAGGAUAUCUGAGGAGGAAUUUUCAAGAAAAAAAGGGAAAAGCAAAAAGUUACUCAUGGGUUGUGUCUUCAGUAAACAGCGGUGGGGUGAAGAGAGGAAUUCUCAGCCCACUGACCCCCCGAAAACACAAGACUCCAUCGAGGAUGCAGAGAUCCUCAGCAUAACGGAGGUCUCUGUCCCAUGUGAAGCUAUCUCAGUUAAACCCUCGUUCCAAAACCAAAUGAACAUCCCUCCCAGUAGAGACAGCGUGGAGAGCGUUAUGGAGAGGUUGACGGACAGGCAUUAUAAUUUUGACCUGACCUACAUCACUGAGCGUAUAAUCUCUGUCCUCUUUCUAUCUGACCUGGAAGAACAACGUUACAGUGCAAAUUUGAAGGAAGUAGCAGCCAUAUUGAAAUGUAAACAUCAAGAUAAGUUCCUGCUUAUAAAUCUGUCAGAGAAACGGCAUGAUAUCUGCAAGCUUAAUCCAAAGGUUGAAGAGUUCGGCUGGCCCGAUCUGCAUGCCCUGCCCCUUGAUAAAAUAUGCGCUGUCUGCAAGACCAUGGAGUGCUGGCUGGCCUAUGACCCCCAAAAUGUAGUUGUAUUGCACUGCAAGGGAAACAAAGGGAAAACAGGAGUAAUUGUAGCAGCUUACAUGCACUAUAGCAAGAUAUCAGCAGGGGCUGAUCAGGCUCUCUCCACAGUUGCUAUGAAGAAAUUCUGCGAGGAAAAAAUCUCUCCCUCUCUCCAGCCCUCUCAGAACAGGUAUAUAUAUUAUUUUGCCAGUCUUCUCUCUGGCACUAUGAAGAUGAACAGCUCAUCACUGUUUCUGCAUCAGAUUUAUAUUCCAGCUUUGCUCAACUACCAGUCAGGAGGAGGUUACUCUCCCUUCCUAAAGAUUUAUCAGUCAUUGCAGUUGGUAUAUUCGUCUGCCAAAUAUGAUAUUCAGGGUCCCAAUAGUAAAAUGCUGUGUAUAAAUAUCGAGCCAGCUCUACUGUUGAAGGGAGACAUCCUGGUGAAGUGUUAUCAUCACAACUCAGUUGUGUGUAAGAAAGAAUGUGUGUUCAGGGUUCAGUUUCACACCUGCAGUGUUCAUGAAUCUCAGCUUGCAUUUGGCAAAGGGGAACUUGACCAUGCUUGCACAGAUGACCAUUUCCCUGCUGAUGCCACAGUGGAGUUAGUCUUCUCUUCUAGACCACAAAGGGCAAGAGGUGGAGAAUUGCAGGGGAAUGAACCAGGAGUUACUGUAGAUUACAGCACUUCGGAUCCUGUUGUGCGCUGGGACUCAUACGAGAAAUUUAACCUUCACCAUCAGGAUAGUGUUGAGGUUGUAACUUCUCACUUGGAAAAGUGUAACAGAACACCAUUUGAAGUUGGACUUCCAAACUCAUGUGAAAAUCCUCAAGAUCGAUAUCACCAAGAUGCAGAUAUCUGUCACACACGUGGGCCUUUGGACGGCAGUCUGUAUGCUCAGGUGAAGAAGCGUCGUGAACUAUGCUCCAGUCCCAGCAGAUGCCCAGCCUCUAUCAAAACCUCCACACACUCAUCCUGUCAUUCCUCCUCUACUCCUCUCAUUCGUCACUCCAUCCAGCCUCUCUCACUCACCACAGACUCAAAUCACUCCUCUUCACCCUCCAUGUCCCACUCUUCACUUCCGUCCCAUGUUGAAAGAGAAAUAAGAAAGAAGGACGAAGAUAGGGGCAGACACAGAGAAACAGCAAUACUGGACGAUGGCAACUGCGCUACUCUCAGACAAGAUCGUACUGUUCAGUCCUGUUAUGGUCGUCCGUAUUCCCACUCUCAUUCAUUUUGUGGCCCAGAUAUGACCAACCCACAUGCACUGGAACAAAUGGUCCAACCCAAACACCACACACUUCCCUGCUGCCGCACCACUCCAUUGGGAGUCCAAGACCUGUGUGUAUCCCAGCCGGAUCUUUUAUGGGAGAGAGGGCGCUUUCUGCACCAUGUCCGCUCUGAAGCAGUCAGACACCUGUACUCAUGCCCCACUCAAGAAAUGCCCCUUUUCCACUCACAGUCUUCCCAUUCCCACUCACUUCCUCCACAGACAUGCACAUUUGUUUCUGGGGAGGUGUGUCCUCUGUUCCAUUGCUCUGCCCUGCCUCGGGGUCACAUCCACAUGCCUCCUUCUCUAUCCCCCAAUCAGUCACUGCUUUCCAGACCCUACCAAGAGUUAUGUUAUAACUCAGCUCCACCAACAUCAUGCUCUUGCCGAGAAUGUUCCCAUUUACGGGAGGAUGUUGCCCUCUAUUCUUUACGAGGUAGAGAGUUAGAGGGUCUACCUUGGUCUAGAGAGGCAGAGUUUGGGUUUAUGAGGGUUGGGCCUGGGCACUGGAGGGAUGGAAGAGCAGAAUCUCAUUUGGAAGGAGUUCAAGAUUCCAAAUACUGGCAUCAAAAAACAGUGAUGUCACCAGUGAAAUUACACACUGCUCCAAAGCAAGACCCAGCAGUAUAUGUCAUGGACACCCAACCUGAAAAUAUUACCCCACUGAGUCCAUAUUCUAGCCCACAAAGCAGUGGCUACCACAGCCCUUAUCCCACCUGUCCCUGCUCUCCACAAAGGUUUAUAGAGAGUCCUGGCUACGCCUCUAUCAGUCAUUCCACAAACUCCUCCCAACUUGCUCUCACUCCAUCCCCAAAACGAGACAAUCACAACAAUGCUUCAGAUGAGGAAAGUCAGCACUGUACAAUUGAUGGGGGUAUCAAGGCUAUAGAAGCUGAUAAAUGUCACAUUAAGGCCUUUUCUUCUUCUACCCAGGACAGCAGACCACUGGAGGAUGGAGAUCCAGGGAAAAGCAUAGGUCAAGAGUGUGAGACUCUCCCUGGGACUCUGAUUACUGCUGUCACCCCUGUCAAUGGGGAAACUAUAGAAAAAACAGAACCACAGCACUCCGAGGCUAAGCAAAGACCCCUUGUAGAAUCUACAUCUAACACAGCUACAUUAUGCCCUAUCUCCACUCUAAUAUACAAAAGGGUGGAGUCAGGGUACACCCCAAGCUCUCUCAGCAACAGUUUCCUAGAAUCAGAGCAGAAUAAAGAUGAGCGUCCAUACUCAUGCUACACUACAACAUCAACCUCAAUAGGUCCACCUAUUAGCUCUCCAGAGAGAAGCUCCACCUCUGAAAUCCACGCUGAAAAACAAAGCCUGAGCCCCUUAACCGCCUGUUCAUCAUCCAAUGGGGAAAGCAGUAACAGUGACCUUAGAGCAUCGAUGGCUAUGUCACACAUACCCUGGCCUGACCCUGAUGGCUAUGUCACACCCUCAUUCCCUAUAGCAUCAAACAGCUAUUCUCUUCUGACAGUGCCCCAUAUACCGUAUACUGGCUACACUGCUGUUACCAUCCCAGCCUCUUUACCCCAACCUCCUCUUCCUGAAAAGCAACGCUCAACACCCCUUCAGAAUGUGUUUGAUUGCAGUGGCAGAAGCUCAUUAAAAUCAGCUGCAAAACCUCCUACUUCCUCUGCCCAGUUUCAUGUGUCCUUCUCCUCUGAGUUGCCUGUAACAGCUAGACAGAAAGCAACCCCCUCUAGUGGAGUGGAGGAAAUGGAAAACCGCCUCAGUUCCAAGUUUGUCCAAGACAGCUCCAAGUACUGGUACAAACCGGGCAUCUCUAGAGACCAGGCUAUCGCAGUAUUAAAAGAUAAGGAGCCUGGCUGCUUCCUCAUUAGGGAUAGUAAUUCAUUCCAAGGCGCAUAUGGAUUGGCCCUCAAAGUCGCCACACCUCCAUCCCACGCUAGUAACCAUGGGGAGAUGGGCAGCCCUCAGGAGCAGCUCGUUAGGCACUUCCUGAUUGAGAGUGGAGCAAAAGGAGUGAAGAUCAAAGGCUGCCAAAAUGAAACUUAUUUUGGCUCCCUGUCUGCUUUGGUGUAUCAGCACUCCAUUACACCCGUGUCUCUUCCUUGUGUUCUGCGCAUCCCAGAUAAAGAUCUUGUUAGAGAAUUGCAGGAGUUGCAAAGUGGAACAAACACUAGCACAGUGGCAGACCUGUUGAAACAGGGGGCAGCUUGUAAUGUUCUCUACCUAAAGUCUGUGGAAACUGAAUCUUUGACUGGCCCACAAGCUGUCUCCAAGGCAACCAUGUGCACUUUGACCCAAGAGCCUCGUCCUUCGCCAACAGUUGUCCACUUCAAAGUGUCCACACAGGGCAUCACCCUCACUGAUAAUCAGCGCAGACUGUUUUUCAGGCAACAUUAUCCUAUUCAUAGUGUGACUUUCAGCAGUGUGGAUCCACUGGAUCGAAGGUGGACUGAUGCUGAUAACCCUUGCUGCAAGAUGUUUGGAUUUGUAGCACGGCGCAAUGGUGGUUUGGGAAACGUGUGUCACCUGUUUGCAGAGCUUGACCCAGAGCAACCAGCAACGGCCAUUGUGAACUUCAUCAAUAAAGUCAUGCUGGGACCUCAGCAGCUGUGAAAAUGAAUGCAGUAUUAGAAAGAUGAAGAAGAACAAAACAGAUUGAAAGAAGGAAAUUUAAAGAGGGCAGUGCAGUGGAUAAUGUCAGUGUUACAUUUACACUGGUGGUCAAAUGUUUGGAAUAAUGUACAGAUUUUGCUGUUUCAGAAGGAAAUUGGUACUUUAAUUCACCAAAAUGGCAUUCAACUGAUCAUGAAGUAUAGUCAUGACAUUACAUGCACCAUCAGCACCAUCGUGCAUAACAGCACCAUCACUAAUUGAAAAAACUAAGUCAGUUUUGAUUAAAUCUAGACAGGCCUCAUUUUCAGAAGCCAUCACUCCAACACCUUAUCCUUGAAUAAUCAUUCAAAAUUGCUAGAAAAUCACUUGCCGUUAUAUCAAACACAGUUGAAAGCUAUUUGAUUUGUUAAAUGAAGCUUAACAUUGUCUUUGUGUUUUUUUGUUUUUUUUGCCACAAUAUGUCAUGUCUUAAGGUCAAUAUAAGGUCAAAAAUGGCAAAAACGAAACCGCUUUCUCUAGAAACUCGUCAGUCCAUCAUUGUUGGCUAUGUAAUGCUUGAAAUUGCAAAAAAAUGAAGAUUUCAUACAAAGGUGUACACUACAGUCUUCAAAGACAAAGGACAACUGGCUCUUACAAGGACAGAAAGAGCUAUGGAAGGCCAGAUGUACAACUAAACAAGAGGAUAAGUACAUCAGAGUCUCUAGUUUGAGAAAUAGACACCUCACAUAUCCUCAGCUGACAGCUUCAUUGAAUUCUACCCACUCAACACCAGUUUCAUGUGCAAUAAUAAAGAGAAGACUCAGGGAUGCAGGACUUAUGUGAAGAAAUGCAAAGAAAAAGCCUCUUUCAAAACAGAAAAACAAAAAUAAAAGGUUAUAGUGGACAAAGAAACACAGACAUUGGACAACAGAUCAUUGGAAAAGAGUUUUAUGAAUCUUUAUUUUUUUUUCCAAUUGUAAUUGUAAUUUUUCACCUCAUUAAUGUCCUGACUAUACAUUUCGAUCAGUUGAAUGCCACUUUGGUGAAUAAAAGUACCAAUUUCUUUCCAUAAGAGCAAAAUCUGUACAUUAUUCCAAACUGCCAGUGUAUGUACAGAAUGAGGAGCAUUUUGUGAUAAGUAUAAACAAAAACUGACCUUUUAAGACAACUCAGAAUGCAGGCUCAGUCAGGAUCAUGUUGGUGUUGAAAUUGAGUCACAUUUCAAAUGCUUUUUAUUAAUUAAGGUUAUAUGAAGCAAAGUAAAGUAGGCUAUAUAAAAAUAAUAAAUAAAUUAGACAUUUUGGUUAAAGCUUGAGAAAAUGGGCCUUCAUUCUACCUCUCAGGAUGCCAAAGCUGUAUGACUGUUAUUCCAUUGUUCCACUUUUAUUUUCAUUAUAUUUAGAUUUUGUCCAAGUGUUAAAAAAAAUGGUCAGAAUAUUUUGGUUUUGGUUGUUUGUUUUGUAUUCAAAGUGGCCUGUACAUGAGGUAAAGUCAUAUUUCAGCAUUUACAAAUUCAUAAUAUUUUAUGGAUUUGAAAUAAAAUGUUAAUAAAAAUUAAACCAAAACCUCGACUCUAAUUUUGAAAUAGAGUGCCUGAUUUAGUUAUUUAAUAAAGGUUUGCAGUAAUAAUGUGCUCAAGGUAUAUUUCUUUCUGGAAGUUUCAGGUCCUUUUAUUAAAAAUUGUUA